GGUAACAUUUUUUGCCCGCCACGUUUCGCCAGCGGCGGCCAGUUUUACUUUCCCACUUGCUAUCUACUCGGCAUUAACUUUACGAUCCAGGAAGAAUAACACGCGUGGCACACAAUGUCUACACCUGCACCAGCUUUUAAAAUAGGAAUCGUUAAACAGGUUUUAUCUGGUGACACGGUUGUCAUAAGAAAACAGCCACAAGGGGGUCCUCCACCAGAAAAAGUUAUUUCACUCUCUGGCGUAACGGCGCCGAAGUUAGCUCGACAAAGAACACCUAACAAUGAUAGUGAAACACCUGAUGAACCAUUUGCUUGGGAAGCGAGAGAGUAUUUAAGGAAGAGGUUGGUUGGAAAAGAAGUUAUUUUCACUUCUGAAAAGCCUCCCAACUCUGUUAAUCGAGAGUAUGGGACUAUAUGGGCUGGCAAAGACCGUACUAAAGAUGAGAAUGUGGUAGAAGGCCUUCUUGCUCAAGGUUUUGUUAAAAUAAGAGAAGGUGCCAGGAAUAUACCACAAUUGAAAAAGCUUGUUGAGCUUGAAGAACAAGCAAAGACACAGGGCAAGGGCUUAUGGGGAACAGAUGUGCAGAAUCAUGUGCGUGACAUAAAAUGGGCAAUUGAGAAUCCAAAGGCAUUUGUAAACAAAUUAAAUGGGCAGCCAUUGAAAGCUAUUAUUGAAUAUGUCCGAGAUGGAUCAACAGUACGACUUUGCUUAUUGCCUGACUAUGUCCCCAUAACCAUGAUGUUAUCUGGUAUCAGAUGUCCAGCAAUAAAGCAAGAUGGAGAAGCAGAACCGUAUGCACAGGAAGCAAAAUUCUUCCUUGAAUCCAAUCUUCUGCAGAGAGAUAUUGAAGUUAUAUUAGAAUCUGUUAACAAUAACAAUUUUCUGGGAACCAUUCUUCAUCCCCAAGGAAAUAUUGCUGAAGCUCUAUUGAGCCAAGGAUUUGCUAGAUGUGUUGACUGGUCUCUUGCUGUUAUGAAGUCUGGUGCAUCAAAUCUGCGAGCUGCCGAACGUACAGCAAAGGAGGCUAAACUCAGAAUCUGGAAAAAUUAUGUUAGCAAUGCUCCUGUUAUUCCUGCAAAGGAGAAAGAAUUUAGUGGAACAGUCUUGGAAGUCAUUAAUGGUGAUGCAAUGGUUGUAAAAACUGGUAACAACACACAAAAGAAAGUGUUCCUAUCAAGUAUUAGAUCACCACGCGAAAAGAACUCCAAUGAUGAAGAAGGCAAGCAAUCACCUAGGCCAAAAGGUUUUAAACCUGUGUAUGAUAUACCGUGGAUGUAUGAGGCUCGUGAAUAUCUGAGGAAGAAACUAGUGGGAAAGAAAGUUAAUGUCACAGUGGAUUAUAUUCAGCCAGCAAAAGACAAUUUUCCUGAGAAAAUUUGUUGCACUGUAGUAGCUGGUGGAACCAAUGUUGCCGAAGCACUUGUCAGCAAAGGUCUUGCUACUGUUGUUCGCUAUAGGAAUGAUAAUGACCAGAGAAGUUCUCACUAUGACAAAUUACUUGAAGCUGAACUUAAGGCUACAAAAUUAGGAAUUGGUGUUUACGCUAAGAAAGACAUCCCCACCCACAGGAUUCAAGAUACUAGUGGUGAUGCCGCAAAAGCUAAGAAGUUUUUCCCAUUCCUAAAAAGGGCCCAAAAAACUGAUGCAGUAGUUGAAUUUGUAGCAAGCGGAUCAAGAAUGAGAAUUUAUAUCCCAAAAGAAUCUGUCAUAGUAACACUUCUAUUAGCUGGUAUUAACUGUCCCAGGGCAGCACGGCCAGCUGUCGGCUGCCCAGGUAUGCAGGCACCUGAACCAUUUGGAGAGGAAGCACUCCAAUUCACUAAAGAGAAAUGUCUCCAACGUGACGUCAAAGUUACUAUUGAAGAAAUGGACAAGGCUGGCAAUUUCAUUGGAUGGUUGUGGUUGGAAAAUGAAAACCUUUCCGUUUCUCUUGUAGAACAAGGACUUGCCUCCAUGCACCAUACCGCUGAAGCAUCAGAGUUUGGUAGAAGCAUUAAGACUGCCGAAGAGAACGCGCGUAACAAACGUUUAGGUAUGUGGAAUGACUACGUUGAAGUAGCGCGAGUAGAGAAAGUUACUAAUUCCCGUGCUGUAGAACGUGUAGUUAAAUACGAGAAAGUAAUUGUAACUGAAGUUACCGAAGAUGGAACUUUUUACGCUCAAAACAUAGAUUUGGGUUCAAAACUAGAGGCACUGAUGGAGGUCAUACGUCAGGAAUUCAAGAACAACGCCCCAUUACCGGGUAGUUUUGUGCCCAAACGGGGAAAUAUAUGUGCAGCUCGCUUCUCUAUGGAUGAGCAGUGGUACAGAGCAAAGGUCGAAAAAAUUGUUGAAGAUAAAAAAGUUCACAUUCUAUACAUUGAUUACGGUAAUAGAGAGAUUGUGAAUUACUCACGUUUAGCUCAACUACCCGCUGGUACCGAAUCUGAUCCGCCCUAUGCCACAGAAUAUGCUUUGCUGGGAAUCAAGUUCCCCGUUGAUCCUGAAGACAGGCUAGAAGCAGUUCGCGCUUUAUCAUCAGACACUCUUAACAAGAAACUAAUGCUCAAUGUUGAGAUCAGGGGCACUCCAUCUUCUGUUACUUUAGUAGACCCUGCUACUAAUGCUGAUCUGGGAAUGAACCUCAUCAAAGAGGGUCUCGUAUUAACGGAUAAAAUCCGUGAGCCGCGCCUCUCGACUCUCAUGGCGGAAUACCGCAGUGCGCAAGACCAUGCGAAGGCAUCACGACUGUGUCUAUGGCGACACGGUGACAUCAGUGAAGACGACGCGCUAGAGUUCGGCGCUCGCCGCUAGCCCCCUCCGGGCCAAUGGUACGACGCCACCACUUCGCCAGCCCAUACCCUCAAUUGUGCCACAUGUACCGCGCCACACGCAGAAAUCGUUAUCUACACGGCCAUAUAUGAGUUUUUGUGAAGUGAUCGUACCAAGUGACCGUUUAACAGUGAUGGUGCUGUGACGAAUUGUUUUCAUCCUUUUUCCUUAUUUUAAGUGUGUCAUUUGGUUCAAUACCAUUUGUUUCUACAGUUUUUUUAUACAUUUAGAGUCAACUACACCUUACAGAUAUUUUCUGUAUUCCAGAUUUUUAUAUUGGUUGUUGUUAUUUUUAUUUUUUUUUAUUACCACAAAUAUAUUGUUAAGAUUGGAUAUCCAUCCAUAAGCUAGAGUUAUCAUAAAUGUCUAUGAAUUUAGUACUUUAGUAAAUGUGGCAAGUUGCCACCUGUACUAAUAAAAAUAAUGAAAUAUUUGUCAACAUCAUUUUUUUCACAAUAGUUUAUUACUUUUUACACAAACACAUUCUAUGUCGACUUUGUAUUUUUAUUUCAAAUACAUAGCUGCAUGAUCAUAGUUAAGUGUGAAUUGUCUAAAUUAUUAUCAUAAGUCUGAUAGCAUUACAUGGCAUUAAGUAUGACAUUUGUAUACUUGAUGUUGACUAGUUCUAGUUUUUUGUCAUAAUACUUUACACUUAGUACAUAAUUUUUCUUGAAAAUUUACUUACUACCUCUCCUUGAGAUAACAAUAAAUAAAUGUAACCACACGGUACAUGGUUUGUUAAACUAUUUCUUGAAAUAAAUAAUAUUUUUAGGAACUA